AGAAAAUUUUAAUUUCCUUUAUUAAAAAGCACAGGAAAAAAAAGAAAAAGAGCUAUUUUGUAAAAUAAAAAGUAAAAACCUAUUGAACCCUGCAUUAAUAGAUACAGAAUAUGAUGUUCUGUUUCUCAACGGCUACAUCUGUCUGUGGUCCUUCUAUUUAAUCCAACGGUCCAGAUCUCUCCUCAUCGCCUAUAUAUAUUUAAAAACUCACUUCUCUUACAUCAAAACAACACGCUUGGUUAGUUAAACUCAGUACUUACAUCUUCACUUCAAACUCUUUCUAAGAUCUUUCCAAUUUUGUUUUUUUGUUUGAUCUAAAUUUGAUAACAUUAUGGAUCGCAAGUUCCUCCUAACAGUUACAUUGAUCUGCAUUGUCGUCGCCGGUGUCGGUGGCCAAUCUCCGAUCUCAUCUCCGACCAAAUCUCCCACCACUCCUUCUGCUCCAACUACUUCCCCUACUAAAUCCCCCGCCGUUACUUCUCCCACAUCUGCUCCUGCGAAAACUCCGCCUUCUAUAGCUUCUUCACCUGUAGAAUCACCGAAAUCUCCGGCUCCUGUUAGCUCAUCACCCCCGCCGACACCCGUUCCAGAGAGCUCUCCUCCGGCUCCUACACCAAAGGCUUCUUCUCCUGUGAGCUCCCCACCGGUUCCAGCACCAGUAGCUGAUUCUCCUCCAGCUCCGGUAGCUGCUCCGGUCGCUGAUGUACCGGCUCCUGCUCCAAGCAAGCAUAAGAAGGCUACGAAGAAAUCGAAAAAGCAUCAAGCUGCACCGGCUCCGGCUCCAGAACUUCUCGGUCCACCUGCACCACCGGCUGAAUCUCCCGGACCUAACUCCGACGCUUUUUCUCCCGGUCCUUCCACAUCCGCCGACGAUCAGAGCGGAGCAGAGAGCACAAGGGUGUCGAGGAAUGUAGCGGUGGGAGCGGUUGCAACCGCGUGGGCCGUUCUCGUUUUGGCAUUCUAAAUUUAUCAUUUCCCCCCUAAAAUUUUUUAGUUUUUAUCUUUUUGACCCUACCAUUGUCUCUUUCUUUACGAAUUUGGUAUUGUGUGUUAUUAUUUAAUUGAUUAUACAGUUUCUUUUAUUUUAUUUUAUUUAUAUGGAAAUAAUAAGAAAUUCAUAUCUGUCAGUGAUGAUAAUGACACUGUUAUUACACA